UGUGUAAUAUCCACAUACAUAAAUAUAUUUAAACUUAAUGUUUAAUCUUUUAUUAGGAAUUAAAUAAAAGCCAUUUUUCAAAAAGAGGUAUUUUUCAAAAAAAAUUUCGGAAACAAAAACACAAUUCUUUCUUUUACUACUAUGUAUAUUAUAUAUUUCAUCACCUCCUUCUUUCCCUUUUCUUUUGACUUGUAUUUUUUUUUGUCUUUUAUCUUUAAAAAUAAAAAAUUGCCAUUCACGGCAACUUUCUUAAAAAAAUUUAAAAUUCAAAAACAUGGAUUUUUUCUCACUCAAAAAUAUAUAAUCAUCUUUAUAUUUUCAAUUUGUGUUAACAUUUGUACGUUAUUUUAAAGUAUACUUACAUAUGUUUGCACGAUAAAUAAAUGUGGAUAGUGUUUUGUAUUUAUUAGGGUUGUUCCCAGUUAUGCGGGGUUCCGGAACUGGAACCGAUAGAUGCCUGGAACCGGUUUGGACCCGUGUUCCGAAACCGGUUCCGGUUCCAGAAGUAGAAUUGGAACCGCCAAAAUUAAAAAUCCGUUCACUUGUUGCGAAGUUUUUAAAGAAUUUAUUUCCAGUGAAUUUUUGGUUUUCGGAAUCCAAUACAAGGAUCUUUUGGUAAACAUAAUAAUUAGAGGCCGGACUUUAUUGGAAUUUAUUUCCUCGUUUCCAUGGAAACGAGUUCAAUUAUUUUUCUUUUUCUCUUAA